AUCUACUUGCAGUGUGUCCUUGUCAAACGCCUUAAACUGACUGUUGCUUAUACUCUCGCCCUACUUCCAUUCUAGUUUCACACGCUACUGCCGCUCAGACUCCAUGCGCAUAGGCUACAAACUACUUCAAUGCCGGGGACGGCUGCUUGUGCCUGGGUCCGUGGCGCGGGCGAGAGGACAUCGACGUAGGGCGUUGCGACCAGCAUGCGUGUUGUCCGGACAGGCGCCAGCCCCUAGGCCUGGCUCAGACAAGCAGCCAAUGUCGGCAUGGCCGAACAUCACGCCGGUCGUGAAGGAGAAGAUCUCCAUGUUUGAGGGCCUGAAGGGGGACGACUUCCGCCACCCUCUCGACCAGCAGAACACCAGCCUGCUUCGCUCGGUGCCGGGGCUGGAGAUGGUGGCCAAGAACUUCAUGGGCCCGGUUGCCGAGCAGGUGUUGCUGCUUGAGAACAUCAGCAGCUCCAUCAAGAUUGGGCCGGAGCAGCUGCCCUCCGUGCACAAACUCAUGGCGGAGGCGGCUCGCAUCCUGCAGAUGGAGGCUCCGGAGCUGUAUGUACGGCAGCACCCCGUUCCCAACGCCUACACGCUGGCCAUCGCGGGCCACAAGCCCUUCAUCGUCAUUCACACGGCGCUGUUGGAGCUGCUCACGCCGUACGAACUGCAGGCCGUGCUAGCGCACGAGCUGGGCCACCUCAAGUGCGAUCACGGGCUGUGGCUGACCAUCGCCAACGUGCUGGCGGGCGGCACCGUGAGCGUGCUGCCCGUGGUGAGCGGCAUGGUCACGGAGGCGCUCAUGCGCUGGCUGCGGGCGGCGGAGCUGACGUGCGACCGGGCGGCGCUGCUGGUGGCACAGGACCCCAAGGUGGUCAUCUCCGCGCUCAUGAAGCUGGCGGGAGGCUCGCCCUCAUUCGCUGCGGAACUGAAUGUGGACGCCUUCCUGCAGCAGGCGCGCUCCUACGAGGAGGCCACCAGCAGCCUGCUGGGCUGGUACCUGCGGAACGCGCAGACGGCGGCGCUGUCUCACCCGCUGCCCGUCAUGCGGGCCAGGGAGAUUGACAGGUGGAGCCAGAGCUCGCAGUACCAGAGCCUCAUUGCCAAGAACCGCGCACAUCGGGUACAAGUCCUCACGGCCCCGACCAGCUCCCAAGGCAGCAGCGGAGCAGGCACAGGAGCAGCAGCAGGAGGGGGAGGAGGCGGAGGAGCAGGAGGAGGCAGCGGUGGUGCAACUGGGCAGGCGGGCAUGGCAGUAGCGAGCGUGGGCGGACAGGUGUACGGUAUGGUACGGACGCCUCUGCAUGCAGCUCGACCGGCACCUGCACCUGCACCUGCUGCCGGUGGUGGUGGUGCCGGUGUCAAGGGGGAUCUGAGCCGCCGUGGCGGGGGCGUCGGCAGCGGCGCCAGCACUAGCAGCAGCAACAGCAGUAGCAACAGCGGUGGUGGUGGUGGUGGUGGUGGCGGGAAUGGAAUGCCGCUUUGGGGCGGGUGGGGCGGCAGCAAAACACGGCCGUAGUGGUGAUGUCAUGCGGUAUCUGCGAUAUAUGCGGCGCUUUCUGGCCGGCUCGUAUGCAUUCUGAACAGGCAGCGAAACGGACGAGGCUGAGCCUUGGCGAUUUGUUUGUUGGUUAACUCAACAAACGCUGUUAUUUCAACAAACGCCGGUAGAACACCAGGAUCCUGUUUAGGGCAAUGGCAAUGAGAGUGGGUGGCUUUUUGGCUUGUGUGGGGGGAUUAGAUAAACUGAGCCGCGGAAACACCGCGGGGGGAAUUAUGCUGGAAGUUACUGCUGCUGCUGCUGUAUGGGAUGCAGAGAGGGAAAUUGAGUGAACCAAGAGCGGAGGGAACAAAGAGACGCUCUUUAUCCAUGUAUGUAUUUAUAGGCAUGAAGGAAGUGGGCCCAACCGAUUGUGUGCGCAUGUUAUGUCUUCUGCGCCUCAUGCGUGUUGCUUCCCAGCUUGCUGCUAGCCCAGUGGUGCUUGCAGACCAGCACAAAGCAGUGCUGCGCUCUAGACAAGAGGCAAACAAGCGCAAGCUGCUUUGCCGUACUCGUAAUGAGUAUUUGCGCUUCCCUGAGUUUCGUUUGUGGUUUUGUUGUUUGUUGGAUGAACAGGGUUGUUCUCUUGUGACUUGGUUGAGAGAUCCAUUAAGGUGUCUUUUGGGCCCUGCAUGCCUUCCAAGGUAUGCGUGCCGCUUGUUAUGCGAUAACGGUCGCUUGGUUGUUUUUUUUGUUGUGGGAGCGAGUGACAAUAAGGUGAGGUGAUUGGGGUAAGGUGAGGUGAUUGGGGUAAGGUGAGGAGAGGUGAGGUUCAGUUCAAAGCUGUGAGCAGUGAGAGACAGAGACAUACGUGCACCGGAUGCGGUCACACACAGAGGGAGAAUGCCCUGGCUGCUGGUUUCUGUGCCCUGGCUGGUCUCCCAGGCAGCAGCAGUCAUGUGCUGCAGUCAGGGCUUUGAGGGCUCUCAAGGGGAGCUGCAUGCGGCCGCAUCCGCUGCAUGUGCGCCUGGUACUAUAGCAUGUCAUGGGGGCGGUUGCGGGUGCUAUGCUAGCUGUCAUGACUCAUGGGAGAGGGUGUGUGGAGUCAGGGAGGUGGGGGUAUUGGAUUGCGACGGGUGGCAUGCGUGUGUGGGUGUGCACGGUAUGGUGGCAUGGCAGCAACUCGUGUUGCCGCAGCGCUGUCCUGUAGCGGCGCUUUGGAGGAGGUGCGUGCUGUGCUUGGUGGUCACCCCGCAAGUGUGCCGUCCAGAUGGGGGUGCGAUUUUGUGUUCGUGGUUUGUUGUUUUUUGCGAGAGUAUUUAAGACGUGAGGGGUCGGAUCGUAUCAUCCGUCAUCCAUGCAUGCGCCUAGUUAUGCAGCGUAGGAGAGCGCCAUGGUUCGUUGGGGUAUA